AUGGCACCGUGGAGCAGGAAGGACAAAGAGAAAGACGGCGACCUCGACAGCCAGAAGAAGUCGCUCUUUGGAAGUCGCUCGAAGAAAUCAGGGUCUCCAGCACCCGCUGCCUCCAAUCCAUACGCCGUGCCACCGCCUGCGAAUGACCCAUAUGCUAAGAGUAAUGCGAACCCGUAUGCCAGCCAGGCACAGCAGGAUGACCCAUACAUGCGGAGUCAAAGCAGCCUCACACAACCUCCCACAAGCUCAUUCGGCAGUCUGAGCCUGAACGACAGCAAAGACAUCAAGUCGCAGCCCCCAGGCUACUCCCCUGGCAACGGUCCGGCACCAAGCCGCUACGAGAAGAGCCCGGUACCGCAAGGCGGAUAUGGGGGAUCACAGCCACCUCCCAGAUACCAGAAUAACGGCAACUCGUACGGCCAAGCUGGAGGGUAUGGCAGCGACCCUUACGGCACCGGCAGCUCGGGCUCGAGACAUGGUGCGGGUGGCUAUGGAGGCCUGGGCAGGUCGAACAGCAACGAGACAAUGAGCACGGACGCUGGCAGAAAUGCUCUCUUUGGUGAUGCUGCGACGAGACGGGCGAACCAACCGGCCCGGGACAUUCAGGGACAGCAGCAAAGUGGUGGUGCGAGUUACAGUAACACUGGUGGUUAUGACUCAACGGAAAUGCCAGGAGGCUACGGUGCAGGUCCACCACGAGAGCUGACGGCCGAAGAACAAGAAGAGGAAGAUGUCAUGGCCGCGAAGCAAGAAAUCCGCUUCAUCAAGCAGCAGGAUGUCUCUUCCACUCGUAACGCUCGUCGCAUUGCCGAGCAAGCUGAGCAGACAGGACGUGAAACACUGGCACGACUGGGAGCACAAGGCGAGCGCAUCCAUAACACGGAGCGAAACCUCGACAUGGCUUCCAACCAGAACCGUCUUGCCGAGGAGAAGGCUCGCGAGCUCAAGACCCUGAACAGAUCCAUGUUCGCGGUGCAUGUUGCCAACCCUUUCACAGCCAACAAGCGCGAACAGGCAGCUAACGCCAUCGCGUUGGAAAAACACCAAGCAGAGCGCAGGCAGGCCGACGCCACCAGAGCUAAUGCAUACUCGAGCACAGCCCGACAACAGCAACAAUCACGAGACAUCAACGGCAACGUCGUACGCCAGAACAAUAGCAAGAGUUUGGCGGACCGCGCCAAGUACCAGUUCGAGGCCGACAGCGAAGACGAUGAGAUGGAGAACGAGAUUGACGACAACUUGGACGCCAUCCACCGUGGUGCUCGAACGCUCAAUGCUCUUGGUAAGGCCAUGGGCGAUGAAAUCGACAGCCAGAACAAGCACAUUGACCGCAUCAUCGGCAAAACCGAUAAGGUCGACGACCAGAUCGCUGUGAACAGAGCUAGACUUGACAGGAUCAAAUAG